ACGUCAGUGUCACAGAAAGGGGGCGUGUUCGGCUCGUUGUUUUCCGUCACUCCCGGGGCUGGGCUGCAGUAAACAGGAGGGAGACAAGCGGGAGAGGCCGGGAACGAGGAAAUCUCCUCCGUGCUUCCAGCGCCGCUAUUUUCCCCCUUAAUCUGGCAGAUCCUGCCUUUGAGGUAAUCCUCCCAUCAAUGUGAAAUCACAAAGCAAAACACAUCUCCAUGUGUCUCCUCAUAAAAUGUGUUCUAAUGAUGCCCGAGGAAUAAGUCUCUUGACUAAAUGGCAUUGAGUAUAAAUGAUCUUCCUGAAAUCCAAGCAUUUUGCCACAUUGCUGGAAUGAAGAUCCCCUCCACCUUCUAAAGAACAUCCUAAAGAAAAUGCUUCUUUUGUUAAGAAUGCCUACUACUUAGAUUCAUGCGCCCAAUCUGUACAGCUGUGGAUGGUUUACCAUCAGAAGGCACCACAAGCUUGUUUUCCCGCCCUUUUUCUGUAUUUGAAAUGUCGAUGCUUCGUGCUUUAGAUCCCGUCCAGACCUGGCUGGGCCAAGAGUUAGAAAAAUGUGGUAUUGAUGCCAUGAUCUACACUAGAUAUGUCUUAAGCCUUCUACUGCACGACAGUUAUGACUACGACCUUCAGGAACAGGAAAAUGACAUCUUCUUGGGCUGGGAAAAGGGAGCUUGCAAGAAAUGGGGAAAAGGCAAGAAAAAGAGCUCUGACCUCUCUUUGGAAGAAAUGAAAAAACAAGCUGCAGUCCAGUGUUUGCUUUCAGCUUCUGAUGAGACCUCUGGAAUUGAAACUUUAGUAGAGGAGCUCUGCUCCAAACUGAAAGAUCUCCAGAGCAGCCAAGGUGAACUUCAGCCAAUAAACAAAGAGGAGAAGAAUAAUAAAAAGCUUGAAGUCUCACUCGCUCCUGAAACAUGUCUACAGAAAGAUCAGGCAGAAAUGUAUUAUGAAGCUUUCCCACCACUCUCAGAGAAACCAGUUUGCCUGCAGGAAAUCAUGACUGUUUGGAACAAAUCUAAAAUCUGCUCUUAUUCUAGCUCUUCCUCAUCUUCUACAGCCCCGCAAACAAGCACUGAAACUCCGUCUCCAAAGGAAUGCAAUAGCGAGUGCGAAACCGUAACCAUCAGCAAACGUGGAGCUUUGAACACUGUGCAGGGAAAAAAUUCACAAAGAAAAAGCAAGAACGAAAAGGAAAAUAAGUUUAAUAACGGCGCAACUGAAGAUAACUUUGGCUUAAGUAAAAGCGUCCGGCACAAGUCCAGUGGAAAGGUUCGCCCUCGAUCCUGGUCAUCGGGCUCAAGUGAAGCAGGCUCAAGCUCAAGUAGUCAUCAAGGGGACAUGAAAACGAGGCUUAUCAAAGUAAGGCAUAAAAUUCGUGAAGUUCGAAAUAAAAAGGGGAAAAGUGGACAUAGGAUUCCUGCUAAAAACACAGAGAAGGUGGAGAAGAAAAAUGCUGUUGGAAGCAGCUGCAGUGCAAGUUCAGUUAGACCUCUUUGUAAGCGGGUUAAACAGCAUGCAAGAGAACAUGCAUGGAAAGAACGUAGGAAUGAAGGACACAAUGUUUUUGUAGAUGGGAAAAGUGAAACCAAAUUCAGAGAGGAGCCUUUGUGGUAUACCGAACCCAUAACAGAAUAUGUUGUUCCUCUUAAUAGCAAAAGCAAAUUGGAGACAACGUAUCAGAACAGUCCGCAAAAUUUGUAUAACCCGUCAGAAGAUAUUGAAGGGCUGUCUGAGUUUGUACAUGCUCUGCAUCUAAGUAACCACAAUAUCCAUGAAACAUACCUCACAGCGGGUACUUUUAUUGAGGGUCACUUUGUAGAAAUGCCUGCAGUUGUAAAUGAGACGAGUGACCAUUCUGGGAUCUCGAACUGUUCUCUGUUUGAGGACAAUUAUUUGGAUGAUAUUCAUACUUUAGAACUUACGCACUUCUAUGAAGUGGAAAUUGACCAAUCCAUGUUGGAUCCUGGUGCCUCAGAAGAAAUGCAAGGAGAAAGUCGUAUCUUGAAUAUGAUCCGGCAGAAAAGUAAAGCGAAAAGUGAUUUUGAGGCUGAAUUUUGCAGCAUGUUGGAUGAAAAGAGAUUGCAAGGGGAAAGUGCAAUAUGGUCAGAAUCAACCAGUUCUGUUGGUGCUGAUGGUUUGUUCUUUCAAGACCACAGUAAUUUAGCUCAGUUUUGGGAGCCCUGUUCAUCUACAAGCUCUCUUGAUGCAGAUGGGGAUAGUUUGGGAGGGGACUCCCCAAAUGCAUUGUCUCCUUUUCUAGACAGCACAAAGCUUAGCACCCAUUCACAUGCGGGCAAUCAAGAUUUAUUUUUUGAUGCAAGUAACUCUUAUUUUUCAGUGUUUGAAGUGCAGUGCAGUAAUUCUGUAUUUAUGCUGCCCAGGGAGAUGGUUUUGGAUGACAAAGUUAAAACAGACUCUUCUUCCACCAUGAAUGGGUUUGGUAAAACGCAGUCACGAUUACUAAUAUGGACCAAAAAUAGUGCCUUUGAUGAAAAUGAACAAUGCUCAAAUAUUUCAACUCGAACCUGUAGUCCAUGGUCACACUCACCCACCCGAUCGGAUACUGAAACCAUAAACGGUCAUUUUGAAGAACCCUCCCUUUUAAAUAUUGAAGACCCAAAUUAUGUUGCUCCCACAGUGACUUUGAGUCUUCAAGAUGAUGGUGCAUCUUCCUGUUUAAACAUAAGGAGUUCAUUUCCGCAAAACAACACCUUAGAAGAUGAAUUGACUUUGAUCCUAAAUAAGAAAUCAAAAUUAGAAUCUGUUUGUGGUAUUCAACUUGAACAGGAAUCCCAUGAAUUAUCUGACACCAGUGAUGCUGGUAAGACAAGUUACCAGGGAAAACAUGGAUACAGUUCAGGGGUGAUUAAGGACAUCUGGACAACUAUGUCGGACAGAAAUUCUGAGAUCGUAGAAGAUCCUUUAUUCCCAGUCAGUGUAAGUGCAUACAGUUGUCAGGAUGAUGAGGCUACAGAUGAAGCCUUUCAGGAACCCAGUAAAGCUGUCCAAAGAUCUGAGUAUCAUCUUUGGGAAAGCCAAAAAGACCCUUUGGAAAAAAGAGCUUUUCUCAGAUGUGACUCUGAGGUAGACUGUGGAGAUUAUACUACGCCAUCCAAACCUUGGGAUGUAAACCAUGUUAAAGAAAACUCCUUCAUUCUUGGAGGAGUUUAUGGAGAGUUCAAGGGCUUUGGUGGAGAUGAUGAAUGGGCUGUGCUUCCACCCAAUCAGGUGAAAGAAGGUUUACUGGAAUGUGCCACUUCAGAUGUUGUUGCAGGUACUGAUGUUGUCAUGACGCCGGGAAAUAGUUUUGAGCCUAGCCAUCGACCAUUAUGGAGGCCGUUUAUUUCAUUUGAGGAAAAAGAACAGCUAAAAAAUAGGAAUAAAGGCCUAAAUAAAGGUUUUUCUUUAAUUUUCCAUGAAAACCUUCUUGAAACAUGUGCUAACCUUCAAAUAGAUGAACCUGACAUGGGGUAUUCAUUCUCCUCCUUUGAGACGAGCAACCAUUUUUCACAAGUUCUUCAUGUCGAGUGCUCAUUCGAGCCUGGUUGCAUUUCUGCAUGUAGCCCUAACUUUAAGCCAAAAUCCUUCUGUUUGGAUUCAGGUGGGGGAGCAGGCAAUCCCAGGGUUUGUGGCAUUGACAGAACACAGUACAGGUCAAUAAGAAUUUCCCCACGGACACACUUUCGACCAAUAUCUGCAUCUGAGCUGUCUCCUGGAGAGGGAAGUGAUUCAGACUUUGAGUCUGAAAAAGAUGAGGAGGCUGUACCUGCUGUUUCUGAAGAGGUGUUUGUUGAUCCUCAAGAUGAUCUUAAGCCACUGGAAGAGGAUGCAGAGAACGAAGGUCAUUUUUAUGGAAAGUCUGAGCUUGAGUCUGGGAAGUUUCUCCCUAGCCUAAAGAAGUCUGGCAUGGAGAAAAGUGCACAGACAUCCUUGGAUUGCCAAGAGGACUCCCUUGGUGCAUUGCCACCAGAUAAACCAGACAAUGUAGACUUCAGGUUCAUUGAGUCGCUGGAAAGUGAUGGCGGUGAGAGCUCCAAAAUAAACUGCAAAAAAGUGGAGCCAGCUAACCAAGCCAAUACAGGAGGAGGCUACGAAAUGGGCUGUGAAUCUAUGUUUGCUGAACAACUAGGAGAGUAUCCAUCACUGAACAUUGAUCUUCAGGGAGUGAACGCUGUCCAGGAAAAACAGUGCUGGUGGCAAAAAGCUCUGUACUCUCCAUUAAUAUCUGGAUCUUGUUGUGACGCUAACUACAUGACUGUAAAGGACCAGAGUUGUGUAGCGAAUACAAAUGGGAAAGAAUUAUCCCCUUCAGGAUGGCAUCCUCAAGAGAUAGAGAAGGUCUCUGCAUGCAAUGAUGCAAAAGUUGUCAUCGGCUUCAGCGCUGGAACCAGAUCCAAUGGCUUCAGAAAGAAGAUCUACUCCAGCGCAAGCUCAAGCUCUGACACGGCUUCAGACGGAGGGCGCGAAUGGGCCGAUAUCUGUCGAGAAGAGCUCUUCUCUCGCACACAGCUCUGACCCAGUGUGGAGCUGUAGCGCUCAAUGUUUUAUUCUUUUUCUUUUUUUUCUGGUUUGAGAAGAUCUCUCUCUCUUUAGUUGUCUUUACUGCUCACCUGUUUUUUUGGUUACCAUUUUAGAUAUGUCUGCUAAAGUCUCUCCCACUUCCACCCUUCUUUAAUCUGCAGUUCUGCCUAAUAGUUACCUACGAUUGUGUUGUCCAAUCAGGAGCGGAUGUGCUUGUGUCGUACAAUCACUGCUUUCCAGCUUCUAACCUUUACAUAUCCUUGUUUAACCACCUCCUUGUUUAACCUCUAGCCAGAAAUCUCACCCCAAGGUCUUAGAACCUGCAGCUUCAUCUACCGCUCAGACUUGAGCUUUUGGUUUGUUUUGUUUUUUUGGAUAUAUUUCAAAACUAAAGAGAUGCAUAACACUGUAAUCAAUCAGUGCCUUUCUGAAUGUGGGAGACUAGCAUGAAUGGCUUGCCCUAGUCUUCAAUGGAGAAAAAAAAAAAUUAAAAUAAAAAAAAAAAAAUUAAAAAAAUGACAGUAGAAGCAAUGAGAUUGUGCUUUAGAGACUUAAAGAAUACUGUGUUCUCUAUUCAAUUAUGUUUUGUGAUAACUUAGUUUUAAUGCUAAAAGUGAAAGCCACAGAUCUGGUAAACCCCCCUUCAAUGGAGAGAGUAUAUGUCUCUAUACUAUGAUCCUUUUUUUCUAUUAUUAUUCUGAGCAUUAAAUUGUACAGGUAUUUGAUCGGUUAUCCGGGAACCCGUUACCCAAAAAGAAUUACAGAAAGACAGUCUCCCAUAGACUCCAUUUUAUCCAAA